AUGGUUUGUGUUCAUCUUGCUUCAGUGUUUCAUCCUCAUCCCUUACAUAUUGGUGAGGAAUCUCAAGACCAACAAGAACCUGCAUUGGAAUUUAGCUUUGAAGAUCUUGUUCAUGAAGCUCUUAGGUAUAAGGCCCAAGCACCAGGUGCAUCUGCUGCGAGUUCAUUGAAUACACUUCUUCAGGAUUAUGCUUACCGUGCUCUGGUUCGCCCCAUCACUGGAGUUACCUACAAUGGUACUCUCCCUAUGAAUCUCACUGGUAUGAGGAUUGCAGCAGUAAGACUCAGGAGCGGGAGUUUGAGAAGGAAAGGAAUAAGCUAUAAGGAAUUUCAGAUCCCACUUGGUCUCAUUGUGCAGCCCUAUGUGGAAAGGCUGGUAUUGGUGUAUCACAAUCUGGGUAAUUGGUCAUCUUUCUACUACCCUCUUCCUGGCUAUACCUAUCUGACUCCUGUUCUUGGACUACUUGCUUACGAUGCAACAAAUUUGUCCGCCAUAAAUUUGCCAGAACUAAGCAUUGUGGUUUCAGGGUUAUUCAUCUCUAUUAAUUUCACAAGCGUAACUCCUGUUCGCAGUGGUGCCAUAGCUAGAUGUGUGUGGUUUGGUGUAAAUGGCACAUCUAAUUUUCAGGAAUUGGUAUCAAGCAAUACCUGUUCUUCAAUAUACGGCUUAGGCCACUUCUCCAUUGUGGUUGACUCUAGUGAGAUAGCUCCUUCAGAAGCACCUAGUUUACUGCCAGGGCCAGGUCCAGGGCCAGUGCCUAGCCCCAGUGGUUCUAAGAACAGCAAUUCUAAGGCAUGGAGAAUUGUUGGGGGUGUCGUUGGUGGUCUUGUGGCUCUAGUUGUCUUAACGCUGUUUGUUUACUGUAUACACCGCGCUAGAAAGAAAAAGAAGAUGGUACAGUUGGAGCAGCAUGCAGAUGCAGGAGUACCUCUGCAAACAGCAAGGAUUGGAAAUACACCGAUUCCUGUGGCUUCAGGGACUCGGACACAGCCACUCCUCGAGAAUGAGCUUGUCGCUUAA